GCUUGUUCUUUUUCUUGAGACUAAUUGGAAUUUGAACACAGAACUGGAGGAAUAACUAAAAAGUAAUAAAAAUAUUGGCUACCUUCCCUUUCUUUUUUAUAUUAAUUUUGUUCUUGUUGAAACACUUUUUAAAAACUGAUUAUCUGCAUUUUCUUGAAUAUUGCUGAGGUGCGUUUAUGAAAUAUCCAGUCUAUGACGUACUUCCAGUUUGCGUGUACAUCUGUCAGCAUAUUUGGGAGAACAUGAUCAUUUAAAUUAAUUAGAGUGCAAGGCCGUGUGCCGUGUGUGUAGCUGGAAGUUGAGGUGUGUUUUAAUUCAAAUCACUUUGUUAUUGCAGUAAUAACUGCUGGAUCGGCACCGAUAGUAGGGCUUUUUGUGAGACUGAAAAUGUGAUAAGCUAUGAAAAGUAUUUUGAAAAAUUCAUGUGACUCUGAUGGAAGGAAACGAAGUUUAAGUUCAGCGGCGGAGCUGGCUCGCCGUCUGGACGAAAAUCUGCGAAAGGCCGGCACCGUCCCCGAAAUCUUCAGCCCCAGCAACAACGUCCUCAGGCUGCGGCUGCGCGAGCUCUGCGAACACCUGCUGAUCACCGACCCGGAGGAGAGCGGCCGACGAGCCGAGGAGCUGCUCUGGAGGAAGGUCCACUAUGAGCCCUACAGCUUGGCCAAACAGACCGGACAGACGGUGCCGCUGGGCGCGCUGGACACGGCGCUGCUGGCCAGCCACCUGCUGGCCGGUCUGGGCAGCUACCAGCAGCUGGUGACCAGCCUGCAGACCCAGCUGGGAGUGUGUGCCGACCAGCGGACCGACCUGCCGCUCUGCCAGCCGGCUGGACUGACUCAGGAGACGGUGACGGUCCGCCCGUCAGACGCUGCCGGAACAGUCACCGACUGGGGCCAGGCGGCCCUGCAGCGGAUACUGACCAACCUCGGUGACCUGGCCCGCUAUCUGUCCGAGCUGAGGCUCGGGGACUACCCGCCGACGCUGGCGGCGCGCUACUACAAUCAGGCGGUGCUGCUGUCGCCGUCAGUCGGCCGGCCCCACAACCAACUGGGUACGCUGGCUGGCUCUGCCACUCACGGGCUGCAGGCCGCCUACCAUUACCUGCGCUGUAUGACCUGUGACGAGCCGUUCGAUGGAGGUCAGGUCAACCUGCGCAAACUGCUCGAGAAGAACCACAAUCGCAGGGUGGAGUUGGAGAUGGAGCACGGUAACAGCGAGGUGCCGGCGCGGCGUCGCCUCAUCAUCAGCUUCCUGGACGUCAUCUACGGAGCCACGUUGAUGGAGGGCGCCAAACAGCACCGAUUUGUCCGGCUCUGUCAGGAGACACUCCAGUGGCUCAGUUUCUGUCUCCACCCUCCCUCGGACGGCGGCGUAGUGUCCAUCAACGGCCAGCCGCUGGACGGCACCGCGCUCGACUCGCGCACCGUCCUCCUCAUGGUCGUGGUGGUCAUCCUGGCCCUGCAGACGCUCAAAGAGGACGCGGCCGCCGCCUCUGGGCUGCGCGCCUUCCUGCUGGCCGCCUUCAGCUGUCUGGUGCGCACCGUCUCCUCCCGACUGACGGCGCGCUUCCCGGCGCUGGCGGCCGCUGCCGAGCCACCCGCCCCCGCCCCCGCCCAGAGACCGGGCGGCGGCAGGGAGCGGCGUGGGAAGCGUAGUCGUAGGCGCCGAGCGCCGGAUGAUGAUAGCGAGGACGAGGAGGAGCCGCCGCUGCUCUCCCAGAUGACUCAGCUGUCGCAGCUCUCCCUGCCGGGUCUCAGUGACGACUCCGAUUCCGACUCGGACUCGCUGUGCUCGGCCGGAUCUGACUCUGAGGGGGACGAGCGGCCCGGGUCUGCCGGCGGCCGGCCCGGCGCCGCCGAACUCACUGCCGUGCUCAAAGACGAAGGUUUGCUGGUCCCUCUGCGUAUCUGCUGCGACUGGCUGCGUGCCAACGAGGAUGUGCUACGCUCGUGCACUGAGAGUAGUGCCGAGCUGUGGCGUCACCUGGUGCAGCUGGUGAACGCCGUCACCACAGAGGUCACCACCGACACCAGAGUGGAGGGCGCCCGUGGCGAGUUUCUCCGUCAGCUGGCGGCGGCGCCGGCCUCCCUGGCGCAGUCGACCCCUCUAUGGGAGGACCGUCUGCUGCGGGGCGUCCACCUGCUGGGCACGCGGCACCAGCACAUGGACUGGAACGACCCGCUGCGGCAGACACUAUCGCCGCCCGAGGAGGCGCUGCUGCGUGUCCAGCUGCUGGUGGACUUUUGUUCGUGGCUGACGCUGGUCCCCCAGCUGGGAGUGACCCAGGUGGCCGGCAGGUUCGUCCACACGUCCUCCUCCUCGGCCACAGGAGCGGCGGAGCACACCAACGGAGCUCUGAAGGACGACCAGGAGAGUGGCGAGCGGCGGCGCCAGCUGAUGUCCAACAUGGCCGAGCAGUGGCUGCGCUCCGAGGUGCGCUCGCUGCGCUCACGGACCGCGCGGCGCGGUGGCCAGGCCAGCUUCUCGCCUUACGUGGUGGUGGACACGGGCGCGCUGGUCCACCACCUGGAGCAGCUCAAACAGAUGGUCAAGGACCGACAGUUUGUGGUCGUCGUGCCCAAUGCAGUGAUCCACGAGCUGGAUGAACGUAAGGCGGGGUGCUCCAGCUCUCGCGAAGCCAGCCGCUGGCUGGAGGCCCAGUUCCGCCGCGGUAACCGCUUCCUGAGGCCGCAGAGAGCCAACGAGAAGGCCUCCAUCGAGAUGGUCAAGUACCCGCGCCGCAAACAGAGGGAGCAGUGGCACUUUUUCCAGAUUCUCGAGUGCUGUAACCACCUGAGUCGGUCGGUGCCGGCGCCGGACCCUGGCGCCCCUCCGUCCGUCACACUGCUCGUGGCCGGCGAGGAGGCAGCGACGGGCCGGGACUUCAGUCCGCGGGGCCUCGCCUCGGCCGCAGGUAUCCAUUUCGAGCUGAUCACCGCGUUUCACUCCAAGUGGGCGCUAUCGAGCAAGGGUCGCAGCUGAGGGACUGUGGCGACCGACUGAAACACAUCAAACUCUGAGAGACCACGGCCAUCGCCUGAAGACGGCCUGACUGCCCGUCCGAGGCGUCUGCACAGCCAGACAGACAACCCGACAGUCGCCGGACAGCCUGGACAGCCGUCAGCCGCGUCCAGCACAGCCGACGGCGACUCUGAGUCGCCCGAGUCGCGCUGAGUCGGUCCGAGUCACCCAGACGGAGUCAGCGCGGUGCGGGGCCCGCCCCGUUCCAGUCAGGAGUCGGGCGGCGCCCGCCCGAUGGCGGCAGAGAUCAGCGAUACCGGGGAGCGACGAACCUGCCCCGGUGCUCUGGACUUCGCCGCUCCUUGUCUCUUCAUCUAUCUAACUCGACUCUGACUUGUCUCUCUCGGCAGCGUUCUUUCUUUCCGGUUUUCAUAUCCUCUUCUGUCCUCCUUCUCCCCUGGCCGCGUCCCCGCCUACAUUUCUUUUCGCUCUCAUUCCUGGCCUAUCCUAUCAUAUCCUUCCCUCUCCAUCCUCUCUUUUAUGUUUUUAAAUCUGCUGCCCACAGUCACAGGCCACAGCUGAAUAUUCCGCCAUCCUUCCGACCACUUCCGCCCCACGUUUUACGCGACCGAGCUGCGUUUUGGGACAUUCUGUUUUGAUUACUCGUUUGCCAGCCAAGCGUCUGCCGUGCCCCUCGUCGCCUCUGCUUCAUUUCUCGAAAUAUCCUACCCUCUCGCAAUGGAUAAACCUUUUCUCUGCUUGCUACGAGCAACCGCUGUUUUAUUGGAGCUACAUAACUACUCUUCAUAACUACGCUUUGGAAAUCCUAACGUGCGUAAAGUUGCGACUUAGAUCUUUGUAACUUCGCUGGCGAGCUGAGAAACAUCAGGCACCAGCAGACAACUUACAUAUUUAUUAUUUACAUCCUUGUAACGCUAUGCUUUGAUUAAAAACGUGCGAGUUUCUUCCGUUUGUAAUGAGUUUUACUCUGGUUACUGAAAUCCGUUUGUAUGUGGUCGGCGUCUUUCUGCUGUCUUAUUUUCGAGUCGCCCAUAAAUUAAGUUCCGUGUUUGAGGUGGAGUUAACGUUAGCAACGAUUCUGUGUUCAGGUGUCUUUGAUUUCGUUUCAAAUUAGUCAUGGGUUUGUGAUUGGAAGUCCGUUCAAAUUAUACGGGUAAUCUUGUUUGCAUUGGUUCGAAAUAAAAGAGAAAUUGGCCAG